UAAUGGCAAAAAACCAGUUCUAGUAGUAGGUAGUCGAGCGAUGAAGAAGAACUCAGUCGAAAACGGUAGUGGGUACAUGAAAGAUGGUGAUCUCUAAAAAUUCCAGCACUCUCCAGGCCAUUUGCUUGGUAUUAUGCAUUGGAUUCGCAUUGACCCAACAACAAAAAAGCAGAGGACUAUUGGCUAACAUUUUAGGAAAACAUCCUCAAGGCAUUCCAUCCUCGUCUAAUCUUCAAGAAGGUCGUCAAUCUCAGUUUUGUUGUUGUCUACGAUCCGGAUCGAUCUGCCCUAAUGCGGGGGAAUUUGAUGGCAGAGAUUAUGAUUAUGGAGAUGAAGACUACGAAGGUGCUAUCCUUCCACGAGCUGACAGGGUGAAUAAUGAAAAAGUCUCAGUCAGGAUUGUCAAUGCCGGUGAAAGUGACAACAAGUCGCCAGAAGGAUGCUCCAAUGGACGAAGACCGUGCUGCUACAAAAGUGCCAGAGAGGUUUUGUCGGUUUCCAAUACGUGCACCAUUCUCCCAGGGGGAGGAGGUGGCUCAUCAGUCCCGUGGACCCAGGGAUGUUUUGGCAAUUCCCCGCGUCAAUCAACAGGGAAAAAAUGCGGGGAGCGGAGCUUUUCACCUUUGAACCAACUGGGACGAGGGGAAGCCAGUCCCCAAGAGUUCCCAUGGGCCUGUAUGCUCCUGGAUGGCCAGAAUCGAUUCAUUGGGACAUGCGCCAUCAUUCCCGAAACUUUCAGCAAUGACAUCUCUCGAGGAACAACGAAGGUCGUGACAGCUGCCCACAAGCUCGAUGCCAUCGGCCAAUUUGACCAGUUGAAGGUCCGAGUCAACGAGUACAACGCAAACGAUUUCAUAAGCCCGCCAGAAAUUUCUCGUCAUGAGGAGUAUACCGUGGUUAAAUUCACAGUCCACCCCCAAUACCGCCCCAAACGGUUCAUCAACGAUCUGGCAGUUCUCGUUGUGGAUCGACCCAUUAAUCUGGUCAGUCACGACGGUGUGAAUGCCGCUUGUCUGCCCCACUGCCCCGAGAUGUUUGAUUACAAGUUUCCAAAUGGAACGGGCACCCGUUGCUGGACCGCAGGCUGGGGAAAGGACAAGGUCAAUGGCAAUUUUCAGCCUAUCAUCCACAAAGUGGACUUGCCAAUCUAUGACCAGAGCCGGUGCGAAAGUGCACUUCGCAAUGAGUUGUCGAGAAAAAAUCACGCCGCGGGUCAGCGUCUUCGACUCCACGAAAGUGAGCUUUGUGCUGGGGGAGAGGCGGGAAAAGACGCCUGCGAUGGCGACGGUGGCGCCCCUCUCGUUUGUCAGGCUCUCACCGGGCAAUACUACGUGGUGGGUUUGGUGACAUGGGGUGUGGAUUGCGCCCUCCAAGAUGUGCCUGGAGUCUACGCUAGGAUCAGCCAUUUCAGGGACUUCAUCGAGAAUCCUGAAUCGUAAAUUGUUAUCUGAUUCUUCUUUAUGUGUAAUUAAGAGCUUGAAAUACAACUUCGAGCUAUUCGAGAAAAAUACUCUA